ACGAACCUUUAGUCCUCUCUCUCUCUCUCUCUCUCUCUCUCUCUCUCUCUCUCUCUCUCUGUACCUCUCCCUCCCUCCCUCUCUAGCCCAUGGCAGAGGAUAUGGAUUCUGAUACAUGCGUCGGCUUCAAACGAACAAUCAAAGAGAUCCAAGAAACCCAAACUCUCACACAACGCUCUAACUGUCCAUCUGCUGUAAUUCCAGAACAAGAUAGCCACUCGUCUGAGAUCGUUUCUCCGCUGAAACAAGACUCAGAUUUCACCGACAAGAGUCCUCCUUGUUCGGUCUCCGAUUCCUCUAAGAAGGUCAAGCUUUCAUCUCACGGCCAAGUCUCUGAAACCCAUCUUGAAGAAAUUCAAGAAAUGCCCAAUUAUGUGAGUGGAAAGGCCGAAGCAUGCGGUUUAAUUUCUGGCUUAACUGUAUCUGAUGGAGUUGCUCAAGAUUUUAUGGAAAUUUGUGAAAUGGGUCUUGUUUCUGAUAGCGAAUUUGUGAAAACUGAGACUGAACAGACCCCGGAUGAUGAGAAAGAAAGGGUUGUUUCGGAUUUGGUUGACAAGAAAGGUGAAGGUUCUGUGAUAAGUGAAGUGGGUUUUGCUGAUAUCGAAAAGUUAAUGCAAGAGACGAAGUCUGUUACUGAAUUGGACUGCAAGGAAGGUGUGGAUGCUUCUCUGUCUACUUCUGUUGAAAACAAAGUGGUUUUUGUUGGAAAAGAAGCGGAAUCUCAGAGUUCCUUGGAACUGAAAAAGAAGCAAUUACUGGAGGAAGUUGAAGCCAUUCUUGUGCCUGCAGAAAAGACCCUUGUGCAAAGUGGUACUGAUGGGUCUCUCAGUUCUUUCAAGAUUGAAGUAAUUGAUGAUACUGCAAUGAUAUCAUUGCUUGGCAAUGGCUGUGGAAAGGAGUUGGGUUUUCUGGGUCCUGCCAAAUGUGUUGCACAGGGGAAUGGAAACAAGAAUGCAAAAAAAGAAAUGAAUGGGAAAAAAAAGGCAAGAACCUCAGGAAGAAAGGAAAAAGUGGCUAAUCAUCUGGUUGAAGCUCAUAGCGUGAGUUUAAAGAAAGGGAAAGGAACCAAGAUCUUUUACUCGAGGAUGGAGUUGGAGGCCAUGAGGUAUGUGAACGUGGUUGAACAAAAGAAACUGUGGAAAGAUAUAUACCGUGGACUUGGGCCAGUCGUGGCCAAGGAGUAUGAAAAUCUGGCAAGUGUUAAGCAUCAGAAGAACAUCCACAAUAACUUUGAACCUCACAAACGCUUUGAGAAGAUGGAAGUGCCACCUGGUAUUCUUGGGGAAGCAUUUUCAGAAAAUGUGGAUAUUGAAUUAGAGAACUUGGUGAAUAAUCAAACCCAAGAUGCAAGUCCCCUGGACCCUUUUUGCAGUUACAGUGCCACUGAUGAACGUGGCUACCCAUUUCCAGAAAAAGAGUGUAGUGAAGACGAUGACAGUGAUGAAGAUUAUGCCAGCAUUCAGAGACCUGCCUUUGUGGUUGAAGGAGAACCCAACUUUGAUUCUGGUUCACCAGAAGAUGGACUUGAAUAUCUUAGGCGUGUCAGGUGGGAAGCUGCUCGAAUUCCGAAAGUGAGAGUAGCCAAGCUUGAUAGAAGUAAAUUUAACAUAAAGCAGAGUGAUUAUAUGCCCAAGAUUCCUGAGAUUGCCAAGUGUCCAGAACAAUUGCUGCCACUGAAACAGUGGGAGGAUGCAUUUCUUGCUGAAUUUUCAGAGCUAAGGCUGGCUCUGUCUCGUUUUGAGGGUUAUAAUGCAAGCACGUCUCAAGAUCCCCAAUCAAAAAAUCUUCUUCAUGACUCCCAUCAGCUACCUGGGAGUAUUGUUUUUGAAAAAUUUGUUAAUGUUAAAUCCAAGGAAACUGACAUCCACUGGCCUCAUGACUGUUGCAUCCUCGGGAGCUCCAUUGAUCAGCUUUCCUUGUCAACUACUGAAGGCAGUAAUGCCUCUCUGCCCGCUGAGAACUUCAGUCCUAAGUCUCAUGUGAACCAAAGUUCCAGCGACUCCCCUUUGUUGUCGGUGAUCUUACGAAUGGACUCUGUAGCUCGAGUGUCGAUGUUGAGAAAACGCAUAAAUGUGAUAGAGGCCAUGAGCACUCUGUCAAGGAAUGACUGUCUCUGGCUAUUUUCUCUGUGUGCGGUAGUUGAUACUCCACUAGAUGCCGAUACUAGUGCUUCCCUUAGGAGUCUGCUAAGAAGGUGCGCUGCUCUGCGAGCUGCGAAGUAUGUACUCGACGACGAGGUAGUAAUGUUGAAUAUUCUUGCCACAAUUUCAGGUAGAUAUUUUGGGCAGUCAGAAAACUGAAGCUUUCUAAUAUAUUACAUCUCUUCUUGAAGAAUGGCUCAGGUAUCAUUUUAUUUCUGGUACAGCGUAUGUCUUAUCUAUACAAAUCGAGUGUCAAAAUACUUAAACUUGUAUCGGCAUUGCUGUAAUUUUGAACGUACCAUGAUGGUAAUGCUCUAUUUUCUGGUGUGCCUGGAAUAACUUUAAAGGAGUGACACCCCAGUAUUUUCCAGUGGUUCACCGGAGCUGAUUGCACUAGAUUGGUUCUGGUUGUGAAUAUUUGACACUGGGUUCUGGUUUUCAGUGGGUUAUUUAACGAGUUUUAACACUUCAAAUGGGUGCUUGUAAUUCUUCAUGCAUGAGAGUACUUAAUGGGGCUCGGGUCGUCGUGCGGACGAGUCCCGAGUAUCCAGGUUUAUUAUUAUUUUUUUUUUGGUCAGUUGUCCUGAGUAUCCAGUUUAUUAUAACAGUUGUCUGCUGUAGUAAUUUAAAUCUUUUCGGAUA